AUGUCGGCUUUCGUAGUAAUUCCUCAUCUUCGGAAUGGCCUCAGAGUACUAAACAAAAGGUUAAUUCAUACGACUCCCAAACUGCUAGCUGUCAGUACCAAACCAUCAAGGAAGCAAACAUUGGCAAAGAGAAAUGCUGCUGAACCUGUGAUGAUACGGAAGAGGGUACCAAUUGAUACUCCUGAUGCUCUCCCACCACUGUUUAUUCUAGAGACGGAUCAUAAAGUUGGAGUCCUAAAAGUUAACCCUAAUAAAGCCAUGGAAUUCUUAAAGAACUACCAGAAUUUACAUGGAAAUUCGAAUUCAGGCUGGGAAACUGGUAUUUGCAAUAAGCAUGGUAUCACAGCAUCUGAUAUGACACAACUAUCUAUCUCAUUGGGAAGAUGCAAGGAACCAUCACAAAAACGUCUUGCAAGAGUAUUAUUAGACUCAGCUUCAGUCAUGGGAGAUCCAGCAGCCACGUUAGAGGUUGUCUCUGAUGCUUUCCGAAAUAACAAGCUUUAUACAGCAAGGUCUGGAGCUUUCCUUGAACGCUUGGGUAUUUUAGCCAAGAAGCAGGGCAACGUCCAAGCCAUGGGACUACUUGGCCAAAUUCUGUACAGUCAAGGGAAGGAGAAGGAAGCUCUAAAUUGGUUACAAAAGGCUGUUUCAGGAACAGAGUUACCUAAUUUUCCAGGAGCGGCAGAGGCGCUCGUCGUCCUUGGUUUGAUUCUCGAGAAAAGUGAUAGAGAAGCUGCAAAAAAGGUUUUCAGCAAAGCAGCAUUAGAACUCGAUUAUCCCUCAGCAUUCUUUUAUCUUUCCAAACAUGUAGGUCCAGACGAGGAGGAUAAUAGAAUGGUUUAUCUGCUCAAAGCGGCUGGUUCAGGUAUUCCUGAAGCAUGCCAUAAUCUUGGAGCCAUUGAGUUAUCUAAGACAGGUGAGCAGGCCGACAAAAAGCCUUCAGAGCGGAGUUACGGGUAUGCCAAAGAAUGGUUUCAGGUAGCAGCUGAAGGUGGCUUUGGUUUGAGUAUGUUGAACAUGGCUUCAAUAUGUAAAUCUCAAGGUCAAACCAAAGAGGCUUUGAAAUGGUUGGAGCGGGCAGAGGCGACUCCCGAAGUUCGCGAAGAAGCAAUAAAGAUGAGAUCCAGUUUUUCCAUCGCCUAG